AUGAGUUUAAAGCCGUUUAGUCUUCGCCAUUCACAGUCAUCCCAACAACAACAACGACAACAAAAUCGUUCACUAUGGACGGCAAGAGGUCUACGCAGAUCUCUUCUUAUAUUUGGGAAUAGACCCUUCAUUUCAUUCAGUUUAGCGUUAUUGGUGUUACUGGUGCCUAUACUACUAUGGCAUCGAUUGCUUUUCCCAUACGAUGAGGAGGAUGAGGAAGUUACCAUAAUUUAUAAACCUGAAAACAUACGAAAUAGUAUUGAAACUCCAAAGGAGAAUUUUACAUUUACACUUUUGUAUGGUGCUAUGAAAAAUAAUCUUCAUUACAGUAAACAACCUCGUUAUUACUAUCCGAAUGAUAAUAAUCAUAAUCAUAAUAACUAUCAGGGUGUAAUGGUGGAUGAUAUAUUAGAUGCUGUAGGGGAAAGACUGGAAAUAAGUGGACAUCGCAUUGAACAUGAAGUUUGUUUUGCUGGAAAUCAAACACAUCUCUCUCUUCGUGGAUUUACAGAAGAAGAAGACGAGGAAGAAGAAGAAAAAGAAAAGAUUCUCACGGAAUCUGUUUUUCUAGUUCGUGGUGGAUGUGAUAUCAGUACGUUAAUGCGGGAUAUGGCACAAUUCUUUGCCUGGCAAGAAGAUGUGUCAUAUAAUAAUAAUAAUAAUAAUAAUAAUAAGCCUCUUCAUGUACGUACUGUACAAGGGGAUGUGUUGAGCCUUUCACGAUUAACAAAACUAAUUGUAGAUGUUGGUAAUAGAGAUUGUGAUCAGAGGAAUCAAACACAACACGAUCUACAUCAUAUCCUUCAUUGGAUUCGGGUGGCAACAGGUCUUUUUCAACUUCAACCAUGGUGGAAUGAAAGAGAUAUCGUUAAUACUACUAAUAUUAAUAUUAAUACUACUACUGGUGGUAUUCUUUCUAAUGAUGAAACUGCAGUACGUUAUGUGAUGAUAGACUUAAGAAUAAGUAAUGCAGAGAACUCAGCCUUAAAUAAAGAUGGUUCCAUAUCCCCAUCAUUACAUGUGUUAAAACCUCUACGUUCCCUGCAGGAAUUUAGUUGUGCAAAGUACAUACUAUUAGCUGAUCGACGUCCUUCACGUUGGUUUCAUUCAAAAAUAGUGGCAAAUCGUUUUCGUCUACGAUGGAUUCACUACAUGCACUAUAGUAAUUUACAAAAACAAAAGAAACAUUAUAAUGAUAGAAAUUCUAAUAGUAUUACUGCUAUUGUGAAUACUGCUUUAGCCAUGUGGGGAAAAGGUCCACUCUCUCCAAUACUAUGGCGUUUGAUACUCGCUGCUGUAACAGAUGAAAUGAUUAACGGGACAAGUGAUAGUCCUUAUUACUAUUACUAUCAUCAUAAUAAUAAUGGUAUGAGUAGGAGUAUUAAUGGAAAAGAUAGGGGUAAUCAUUCUGAGAAGAAUGCGGUAGCAACUGCACUUGCUGGUAUGUUAAGAGAAGCUUCAAUUUUAAAUGAGUUGAGUCCACUCACUAUUACAGUAAUAGCUUCUCAAGAGAUAGAUGGUGAACCAGAAGAAGAAGAAAGAAUGAUGUCAUUCUUAUAUGAUGAAUUUGGUUACGUGAGUCGAGUUCAACUCAUCUACCUACCUGGUACUAACAUUAGCAGUAGGAACAAUACAGUUAAUACUACUGAAGAGGUAAAUAAAAAAUAUAGUGUUGUAUUCGUUCAGGAUUACUUGGAAUUACUACGUUUAUUAGUAUUAACAGAUGUGUUAAUUGUACCUCAUGGGGUCGCAUUAGCUUCUACAGUGGUGAUGCAACCAGGAAGUGUUGUGAUUGAAUUGUUUCCCUAUGAGUGUCGAUCCGCUACAUAUGCUGGAUUAGCAACUGCUAUGCAAAUCACAUACACUAGCUAUGAAGGAAGUCCUUAUAAAAGUACAAUGGAUAAUAAUAAUAGAGUACAGUCAACAGGUUUUGGUAUCUGUUUUGCCCGAUAUAAUAACAAGCCGACUCCAACAGUAUUACCUUCUUCUGUUGAUAAUACUUUUACUAGUACGGGAGGUGGUAAUAAAAUACAUUUACGUUACUCACGUCUAUCCUUGUGUGACCACGUAUAUGGUGUGGUUAUCGUUACUAAAAUGCGCUUAUAUCACUUGGUAAAAAAUGCAUUGUCAUCUCUGUGGUUACGGAACAGCCGCUUCUUUGGUGUUAUGUCAUUUGAUCGUCGAUGA